GAAUUUGAUGCGUGAAUGCUCUAACGUAAAAAGAUAAGUUUUAUUUAUCUUUCUUGAGUGGAUAUCCAUCCGGGGAAAACAUCUCCUCCUCCGCUCACACGCUACAGUAAAGAUACUUGACUGAGAAAUCUGAUUCUGAUGGAUCAACAGCAACAUAUACUCUACGAUGAAGUGGUAGUCAACGGCAAGGAGACGGCAUUCACUUUGUCCCCUGACGGCAUUCUCCGGUGGCAUGACCACGCCAACGUCCUCCGCUGCCUCUCCGUCGACAGAGAAGUUCUCGGAGUAUCAAUUGCUAAACAGCAGAUCGUGAUUAGGUCAUUUGUUGAGACUGAUGGAUCUUGCGUUUCAAGCUGCGCUGGAGGUUUGGUACGGAAGACCUUCGUGUUUCAGGCUUCGUCGGAUGAUUCAGCACGUAAUAUGUGCGACAAGAUUCAGGGAUACAUCGAUUCACUAGGCAGGCCAAAGAAGCUGUUUUUAUUUGUUAACCCAUUUGGAGGGAGGAAAUCUGCUUCCAAGGUUUUUACCGAUCAUGUUAAACCUAUACUCGAGGAUGCUAAUAUAGAGUAUACUUUACAAGAAACUAAAUAUCAACUUCAUGCGAAGGAAGUUGCCCAUGAUUUGGAUCUUACAAAGUAUGAUGGCAUUCUUUGUGUUAGCGGAGAUGGGAUUUUAGUUGAGGUUGUUAAUGGAUUGCUUGAAAGAGAAGACUGGCAAGUCGCGCUUAAGAUACCUAUUGGAGUUAUACCUGCAGGUACUGGAAAUGGAAUGAUAAAAUCUCUUCUCGAUUCAGCUGGUCAACCAUGUACAGCUGCUUAUGCUAUGCUUGCUGUCAUUCAAGGGCAUAAACGCUCUCUGGAUGUAGCCACAAUCUGGCAAGGGCAGUCUAGAUUUUUCAGUGUCUUGAUGCUUGCAUGGGGACUGAUAGCUGACAUAGAUAUCGAGUCUGAGCAGUAUCGGUGGAUGGGAAGUGCUCGAAUGGAUUUAUAUGGUCUACAACGAAUUCUAAGUCUGCGGAAAUAUAACGGCUGUAUUUCUUUUGUACCUGCUCCCGGAUUUGAAGAUGCAGGAGAACCAACCAGUGCUGCUGUUGAACCUCUUACAACUCAGCACCAUGGUUACCAGGGCCCUAAGCUUGAUUUGGGGACUUUAAGUUGGAGAAAACUUAAUGGUCCGUUUAUUGGUAUUUGGCUUCAGAAUGUUGCUUGGGGUUCUGAAAACGCCAUGGCCGCACCUAAUGCUAAGUUUGAUGAUGGUUACCUAGACUUGAUUGUAAUGCAGGAAUGUCCAAAGUUAAGGUUGAUGUCCUUGAUGUCGGAAAUGAGCAAUGGGCAAUAUGUAAGAUCCCCACAUGUUUUGUAUAUUAAGGUGAAGGCAGUGAUCUUGGAGCCGGGUUCCAGGACGGGUGACUCAACUAAGGAAGGAAUUAUAGAUUCAGAUGGGGAAGUCUUGGCAAGAGGCAAAGGAACCUACAAGUGCCACUUAAACUCGUUGAUGCGUUAUGAUAAGCUGCAAAUUGUCCUGGAUCAAGGGUUGGCUACUUUGUUUACCCCAAUCUAAAUCUGUGUUAUUAGCGUUUUCAGGUCCUUUUUAGUACAUUCAGUGAUUAUUUUUUUCAAAAUACAGUAAUCGACUCGGGUGUAUUGAACCAAAUAAAGACGGGAUAAGUCAUGAAAUAAGUCGUUUCCUAGAACGACCUUAUGACUUUGCAAACUGUUCAUAAAUCUUUUUAAAGUAAAUUACGAUUUUGGCCC